UCAUGGGCGUAUGACGGAAUGGCGUCAUACUCGGGAAUUGUGGGCGAAGUCUCGUGAGCACUACUGCGAGACGCCGCGAGAUCUGAGAGGAAGAACAGCAGAUCUCGAACUAACUGUGAAAGAGAAGGACGUGCUCCGAACUCUUCCGCUCACCACCGUCUUUUCCGCGCCAUUUCGAACAACCGCCGAACAACUUACCUCCCCGACUCCUCCUAAAUUAUCUCCCUACACCCUUACCCUUUUGACUCCUCCCAAAUUUCUCCCCCUCGUAAGAAUGUUUGGCGCCGGCCGGAGAAAAAUUCGCCCUCCAGCCCGUUUCGUCUCGUCACCGGCCGAGGACGCCGAGCUUGAGUGGCAUUCCACGCCAGCAGAGCUGUCGAAAAGGCUGGAAGACGAGCUCUUGGAUGUGACCCGCCAACUGGAGAAGAUGAAAGCAGACCUCGGCGUCGGUUUGGAGAGGGCCGGCAGAGUUCGCACCCCCCUCCCCACCACCACACCGGAAGACGCCGAUGGAGGUCAAAGGUCUCCCAUCCCAGAAAUCCCAGCGCGAGUUAAAGAUGGCCGCCCGGAAGUGCACGCAAGGGCGCUGCGUGCAGAGCUUCGAGAGCCCAAUCCUCCCGUGAGGCAGAACUUUCCGACUUUGCGGGAGGUUCGGGCCUUUCAGCAGCUACAGAGCGACCCUACAGAGUUUUCUCGGCACAUUCCAAGAUAUACCGAAGCGGAACAGUGGGGCGCAGCCAGCAUCGAGGGCCACCCCCCUCCCCCCAAGUACAACACUCAGCAAGUCCAGGAAGGCCUCCCACCUUCACAGCAAGGUGAUGCCUGGACUCUACUUGAACAGGACACCCUGCGCACCCAGCAGCAAGCUUUUGCUGCUUCCACGCGGGCGAACCAUCAGACACAGUUCCGAGCGUACAUCGCAUUCUGCAAGUUCUUUGGGAAGGUGCCCAUUCCAGCGUCGGCCCAUCUCUUGUCAUGCUACGCUCAGUUCUUGAGUCGCUCACUUAAGUCACCAGACACGAUCGCACACUACCUCUCAGCCGUGAAGCUACUCCACCAACUUCACGGCCACUACCAGUUCAGCCUCCAGCAAUUUGAACUCCAGCAGACUCUUCGCGGCCUGAAGAAAAUCCUGCGGCACCGCCCUAAAGGGCAUCACUCCAUCACCCCAGAAUUCCUCUUAAAAGCACGGGAGUUCCUCAACUUGAAUACUGCAAAAGACGUCACCACCUGGACAGUCUUAUUGAUCGGUUUCUUCGCCUACCUACGAAGAUCAAACCUGGUGCCCACGACCGCGAAAGCUUUCGAUAACACCAAGCACCUUCAGCGACGAGACAUCCUGUGCGUCAAGGAAGGCCUUCUCAUUCAGAACACUUGGUCUAAAACGAUUCAAGCUAACGAGAGAGACCUCGUAGUUCCCAUCCUGGCGAUCCCAGGUUCUCCGCUGUGCCCCGUGGUAGCUUACAACAACAUGCUACAACUCUGCCCAGCGCCACCCGAUGCGCCGGCCUUCCUCCUCCCACCAACCGCCCGGCGUCGGUACCGGCCAAUGACUGCUUCUACUCUCACCAAAGAACUAGCUCGUCUAGUUAAGCACGUCGGUCUUCCGAAGGGCUACCACACGCUGCACGACCUACGCCGUGGCGGAUACACCCUGGCCUUCGAGGCUGGCGUCCCUCGAGAGCUACGAAAGCAACAUGGUGAUUGGAGAUCGGACGCUGACCUGCUCUACCUCCGUCCAUCGGUCGAGCAACGUCUACGUGUACCGGCAGCCAUGCGGCAUCUCAUCCUGCAGCGCAUGUAAGCAGCUCUCCACCAACCUCGGAGUCUUCUUGGCCCCUGCGGAGUGGCCUGUGACAUCCUGUGUUUGUACGAGAUUGUACAUGAAACAGCAUACAAGACUGAGUAAAGAUGUCACUCGCCCAAUACGACUCCGUGUGAUUGACUGAGUGUGAACAAUUAUGGGCGUAUGACGGAAUGGCGUCAUACUCGGGAAUUGUGGGCGAAGUCUCGUGAGCACUACUGCGAGACGCCGCGAGAUCUGAGAGGAAGAACAGCAGAUCUCGAACUAACUGCCACCGCCACCCAACAACGUCCUUCAGAACUUUCGACCUCAGUAGUUCAGUUCUGUAGUUUUUAAAUCCACAACUUAGUUUAGUUUCUGCACCACUUAGAUAUUAGCCUCUUUUAGCCUUUUCCUCAAGUAUCUCGACUGUUUUGUAUGACGAGCAUAGCCCUCCAUGUGCAGUCAGAGCUAGAAGUUGCACCUUGUCAUAGCAUUCAGCUCGGCUCAGGUCACAGAUGGACGGGCGAGAGAGACAAACUGUAGUUUUUCUCCAAACUGUCAUCGUCAUCGAGAGCCUACCUGUUUUAUAGCCAUCUCGUGGCUUGUUAUCGUUAGUGUUUUAAGUCGCUCUGUACGUCGAGCAGUACCUCGUUUAGCGCUCAACUGUAUUUACCAUGAAUUGUACUAUUUUAACGAGAGCCUUAAACUUUUACGGCCACUUCCCGGGCCUUGUAAUUGUCAUUCGUUAAGUUCGUUAUGUACGUCAAAGGCUACCUUUUCUGUACUAGUUCUUUACGCCUAGCGUUCUAGGCUAGGCCUGUGACAUCCUGUGUUUGUACGAGAUUGUACAUGAAACAGCAUACAAGACUGAGUAAAGAUGUCACUCGCCCAA